AUGAUUUGGGUUGCGUUUUUGCCCUUUUUGAUUUCAUGCGCGGUAGGGAACCGGACGACGGAGCAGGUGCCGUUCUUUCACGGCCAUGUCUUUGAGAACUCGUCUCCAGGCUCCCGGGUCAACGGACUGAGCGUCCCGUUAAAACGGCUCAACUCGCAAAGGCUAUGCGGUGCUGGAGAAUCCGGUUCAGCGGCAGCGCACUUCAAACUCCUGGGAGAAGGGAGCGAGAAUUUCCGCGUCUUUGCGCACCACAAACGGGGACAUAUUUUAUUGAAGACUUCUGGGGUUUUGGACAGAGAGGAGCGGGCUGAAUACGCACUGGGUCUGGGUUUGUGUUGCAGGCAAUGCGCGGGACUUUCCGGGGAAGAUGAAGACCAGUGUCCACUUGUCACCGAAGUGGCGUCUAUUAAAGUGGAUGUUUUGGACACCAACGACCACCAGCCCACUUUCCCCGGUGCCGAUGUGAAACUGAGUCUGGAUGAUGCUACUGCGCUCCGCACGGCGAUUUACACGGUGACCGCGCGGGACGAUGACAGCGGCAAGAACGCCGAGCUCAUCUACUUUGCCCUGCCCAAAAACGGGAGUUUCUACGCGGUGCCAAAAACCGGUGACAUCCUCCUUGUUGACUCCAUCUUGGGUCUGGAUGGACCGAUCAAAUUUAAAGUGUUUGCCCGGGACCGCGGGUGGCCACCUCGCACGAGCCAGUGCAUCGCAGUGGAGAUAAAUCCACGGCAAUGGCCCGUGGCGCAAACGCUGACUCCCCAACUGGCGCGAAAGUCCAGAUCAGUCAUGGAAUCAGACAGUCCCGUUUUGAUCAAUGUGUCCGAGGAUGCAGGCAUCGGUUCGGUGGUGAUGAACCUGAACCCGGUGAGGUUUCAGACGGCCACGUUUGAACUGGUGGAGCCCGAAGUGGAGAGCUCUCCGGUCAGCGUGAGCCGGGACAGCGGGGAUAUAGUCAUAUCACGGAGACUGGACCGAGAGACUGAGCCUCUGGUGGAGAUCACUGUCAAAGUACAGGAUAAACGAGGUCCAGAGUGGUACUUGGUCAGAGUGGAGCUGACUGUGACAGAUGUAAAUGACAACAUCCCAGAAUGGAGCAUGGUUCCUGCCCCCUACCUGGCUGUGGUUUCCCCUGAUGCCCCUGCAGGUUCUCUGGUCUAUAAGCUCUUCGCUCAGGAUGGAGAUGAAGGCAACAAUGGUGAAGUGGAGUACUUUCUGUCUGAUGGUGGUGAUGGUCGCUUUGAAGUAGACAAAAAGAAUGGCCAGGUGCGGACUACAGGCCUUCCUCUGCAGCGGGACAGGGAGUACCUGCUGACGGUUGUUGCUGCAGACCGGCUGGGCAGCCGCAGCGCCCCCGCCGUCGUCUCUGUGGUUGCAGGAGCCCGGCCUCCACAGUUUACCAACGCUUCUUUCACCAUUGCCAUACCAGAAAACACCCCUGAAGGACAACCCUUCUUGGUCACACCUGCUGUGUCCUUCCAGAGGAAACCAAUCAGCUACAGCCUCCUCAUCAAUCCCAGCAGCCUCUUCUCCAUCUCAGCAGAGACGGGUGAAAUCAGCCUAACCCGCCCUAUUGACUACGAGAGCGACCAGCAUCGCUACUUGCUGUUGGUGCGAGCCAGUGAGGGGCUGGAGAGCAUGAGCAGUGCAGCAGAGGUACGAGUUGUUAUUGUCGAUGAAAAUGACUGCGUUCCAGAGUUCCUCCAGUCGAUUUACAGCAAGGAUGGUGUACCAGAGACUGUUACAACAGCUACCUCCUUGUUACAAGUGUCAGCCAAUGACUGUGACUCAGAAGAGAACGCAGAGCUGACCUAUUACACCCUGAGCCCAGACUUCACUAUUUCUCCUCAUGGGACCAUCUUCCCUGCGGGACCUCUGGACUACGAGAGACCUAAUCAUCUGUACGAGUUUGUUGUUAUGGCUAUUGACAAAGGAGAGGUGCCUCGAACGGGCACAACUACAGUACGGAUUAGGAUGGCGAACGUCAACGAUGAGGCGCCUGAGUUCUCCCAACAUACAUAUCGGACAUUCGUCUCAGAGGAUGCAGGCCCCAACACACUUGUUGCCACGGUGCUGGCAAAGGACCCUGAUGGGGAUGGGAUCACAUAUCGGAUUACCACAGGAAACGAGGAGGGCAACUUCGUCAUUGACAGCCAAAAAGGUUUGAUCCGGCUGCGCUCCAGUCCACCACCUCGCCUCCAGGGUGUUGAAUACGUCCUUAAUGUUACAGCUACGGAUGACAAUGCCUCAGGCGGACCUCAGGCACUGUCAUCCACAGCCCAGGUCAUAGUUGGAGUGGACGACGUGAAUAACAACAAGCCUGUCUUUGAGAAGUGUCAGCAAUACCGAGAGAGCACAUCAGUCCUGGAGAACCAGCCAGCGGGGACGUUUGUUCUGCAAGUGCAUGCUGUGGAUGCUGACGAGGGCUCCAAUGGCAGAGUCACAUAUGGCUUCAUGCACAAAGACUCCACUGUGCCCGCAUUCAGUAUACACCCAGAUACUGGAGUAAUUGUGACAGCCAGGAAAUUUGAUCGUGAACGCCAGCGGGAGUACGCGGUGACCGUGACCGCCACUGACCAGGCAGCUGACCCACUGAUUGGCAUUUGUCAGCUCAACAUCCUCAUCUUGGACCAGAAUGACAACAAUCCCAAGUUUGAAAACAUCCGAUAUGAGUACUUCCUUCGUGAGGAUACCAUGAUUGGAACUAGUUUCUUGCGUGUAGCAGCUCAUGAUGACGACUUUGGCACCAAUGCAGCCAUCACGUACUCCAUGUCCAGUGAACAGCCGGAGUACCUGAGGGUCAACCCGCUGACAGGAUGGGUGUACGUCAACCAGCCCAUCUCACAGAGGACCUACAUCACCAGGGAAAUUGCGGCAACAGACGGGGGCAACAGGAGCAGUUCGGUGGAGCUGGCAGUCACCAUCACGAAUGUAAAGAACCAGCCUCCACAGUGGGAAAAGGACAGCUACAGCGUGAUCAUACCAGAGAACACAGUCCGAGACACGCCCAUUGUGACCAUCAAAGCCACAUCACCUCUUGGAGAUCCCAGAGUAACCUACAACUUGGAGGACGGUAUGGUCCCAGAGACCAACAUGCCAGUUCGCUUCUACUUGACCCCCAACCGAGAAGAUGGUUCAGCUUCCAUCCUGGUUGCAGAGCCUUUGGACUAUGAGACCACCAGGAAUUUCAUGCUACGGGUUCGGGCUCAGAAUGUUGCUGCUGUACCACUGGCUGCCUUCACCACCGUCUACAUCAAUGUCACUGAUGUAAACGACAACGUGCCAUUUUUUACUUCCUCCAUCUACGAGGCCUCGGUCACUGAAGGAGCAGAAUCAGGAACUUUGGUUUUCCAGGUUUCAGCCAAUGACCUUGAUUUGGGUCUAAAUGGCAAGAUCGCUUACUCACUGCUGGAGGAUCGCAGUGGGGACCAUCAGUAUUUCCGUAUUGACCCAGAGCUGGGCUUCAUCUACACACAGGCUGUGUUUGACCGAGAGACCAAAAGCUCCUACCUGUUGGAGGUUCAGUCUGUGGAUGGCUGGGAGUCAGCGCGGCCCGGCAAGCACGGACAGCCCAACUCUGACACAGCAUAUGUUCGCGUUUUUAUCAGCGACGUGAACGAUAACAAGCCAGUGUUUGCACAGACAUCCUAUGAAGUCGAUGUGGAUGAGGAUGCUGACGUAGGCUUUGCCAUUCUCACUGUCAGUGCCAAUGAUGGGGAUGAAGGUGGGAAUGCGAAACUGCGUUACCAGAUCACAUCGGGAAACAUGGGAGGGGUGUUUGAUGUGGAACCAGAGGUGGGAACUAUCUUUAUCUCCCAGCCUCUGGACUAUGAAAAGAACAAAAGGUACAAGCUUCAUGUCCUGGCUUCAGAUGGAAAAUGGGAAGAUUACACAACAGUGACAGUGAAUGUGGUUAACAAGAACGACGAGGCUCCUGUGUUUACUGUCAAUGAGUACUACGGCAGCGUAACAGAGGAGCUGGAUGGUUCACCAGUGUUUGUGUUACAGGUAACAGCAUCUGACCCAGAUAAGGAUGCUGACCAGGAGGCCCUACGCUACUCUCUCCAUGGUCAGGGUGCUGAGAGUGAAUUCAUAAUUGAUGAGGUCACAGGCAAGAUCUAUGCCCAACGGACCCUGGACCGUGAGGAGCGUGCCGUUUGGCGUUUUGUUGUCCUGGCUACAGAUGAGGGUGGUGAAGGUCUGACAGGCUUCACAGACGUCAUUAUCAACGUGUGGGACAUCAAUGACAAUGCGCCUAUCUUCACCUGCGCUCCCAGCUGCCACGGCGAGGUAGCAGAAAACUCUGUAAUAGGGACAUCUGUAAUGGAGAUGACAGCGACUGACCUGGAUGACUCAGCUGUGGGGCAGAACGCUGUGCUCUCUUACAGGAUUGUGGGCAGUUUAGAUGCCACUAACAUUGAGAUAGGAGGAGUGCCCAUCUUCUCAGAAAUGUUCACUAUCAACCCCACCACAGGAACCAUCACUGUCGGGAUGGGUGGUCUGGACAGAGAACAGGUUGAGUCCUACCUCUUGGUGGUUGAGGCUAGGGAUGGGGUAGGAAUGACAGGAACUGGAACUGCUACCAUUCAGAUCAAGGAUGUGAAUGACCAUGCUCCCAGAUUUACUGAUCACUCCUGCACGGCAAGGAUCUCUGAGAACGCAGAGACCAAUGCAGAGGUCCUGGAGCUCGCUGCAGAGGACAAAGACACUGGAGAAAAUGCCCAGCUGACCUUUAGUGUUGUGGCUGGAGACCAAGAGCAGAAAUUCUACAUGGUCAGUCACAAGCAGGAGCAGAGAGGCACCUUGAGGCUCAAGAAACGUCUGGACUAUGAACGACACAACGAGCAGAGGUUCAACCUCACAUUGAAGGUUGAAGACCUAGACUUCUCCAGUCUUCUACACUGUGUGGUGGAGGUGGAGGAUUACAACGACCAUGCUCCUGUCUUCAUUCCACACUUCUUGUCGCUGGCCCCGCUACCUGAGGACAUCACUGUGGGAACUAGUGUGGCCCGUUUGGUAGCCAGCGACUCUGAUUCAGGCCAGAACCGAGAAAUCACCUAUAGCUUAUCAGAGGAGUCAGACCCUGAGGGUCUGUUUACUAUCAACCAGUCCGGUGUACUCUCAGUGGCCCGGCCUCUGGAUCGGGAGAGGAUACCCCAGCAUCACUUGGUUGUCAUAGCAACUGAUCAUGGGGUUCCACCUCUAAUAGGCAGUGCGACGGUUCAGCUGCCUUUGUUGGAUGUAAAUGAUAACGGACCAGAGUUUGAGGCGGCAUACUCCCCAGUAGUCUUUGAGAAUGUGGCUGGACCACAGGUCGUACGGUUGAACCAAACAUCAUCCCUCCUCCGGGCUGUGGACCAGGACUCUCCUGAGAAUGGUCCACCAUUUCACUUCACCGUCCCCGCCGAGUAUCGUCACAGCAAUGAUUUCUACCUUCAGGAUAAUCUAAAUGGCACGGCGACACUGACGGCUCUGAGGACAUUUGAUCGUGAGCGACAGAAAGAGUUUCUCAUUCCUAUUAUAAUGAGUGACAGCGGCCGUCCAGCCAAAACAGUGACCAGCACCCUGACUGUGACCAUCGGUGACCAAAAUGAUCAUGCACAUGUGGCAGGGGAGAAGAAAAUUUUCAUUAAUAGUCACAGAG